UUGGUUAUUAAUGAUUAUAUGUCUGUGAUCACAUGCCUGGCAACACCAAUAUUUCUGUCUUUUAGUAAAAAAUCAAGAAUUGCGAAGGAUUUGUGACAUGGCUGGAAAUAAUGCUGAAGAAGUUGAGGGAUCAGCGGCUGCAGACACUAAAACAAACAGUACUGCGGAAGUUCCCCCCGAGUUCUUGAUAAAGCAUCCGCUGCAGAACACCUGGAGCCUCUGGUUUUAUGAUAAUGACAGAUCCAAGUCAUGGGAAGAGAACCAAAUUGAAUUAACAUCAUUUGACACAGUGGAAGACUUCUGGAGAUUGUACCACCAUAUCAAGCUACCAUCAGAGCUGCGUCAAGGCCACGACUAUGCUGUAUUUAAACAAGGCAUCCGGCCUAUGUGGGAGGAUGAUGCAAACAAGAUGGGGGGCCGUUGGUUGAUUAGUCUUGAGAAGAAACAACGCAACUCAGACCUUGAUCGUUUCUGGUUAGACGUGGUUCUUCUUUUAAUUGGGGAAAACUUUGACCAUGCGGAGGAAAUUUGUGGUGCAGUUGUAAAUGUCCGAGCAAAACUUGAUAAAAUUGGCAUAUGGACAGCUGAUCAGUCAAAGCAGCAAGCAAAUCUGGAAAUUGGUAGAAAGCUCAAAGAUCAGCUUGGGAUUCACGGAAAGAUUGGUUUCCAACUCCACAGGGACACAAUGGUCAAACAUAGUUCAGCAACGAAGAAUCUUUACACUGUUUAGUUACUAAACUAUAUGUAUAAAAAUGCAUUGACGGUUAUUAAAAUAUUAGUAUAGGUAUUUUAUUAUCUAUAACCAAUAAACAAUAUUCCACAUCGCAUUUAUUGCAAUGUUGCAAAGGAGUAGGUGUGCCAUUACCAGUGAAUAGUUGAGAGGUUCCGGGAAGGUUCAGGGAAAUCCUGUGGUCUACCACAGGAUUUACAACAACUAGCAGCUUUAGCCCCUUGAAAACCUUAUAUUUGGCUAUAAUAUAUCAUACCAAUUAAUUUUUAUUAACCGUUGAUGCAAAUAGAAUAAAAGUUAUAAUUUAACAGAAGAUUUAAUGUUUACGUUGACGUGUCAUGUAUAUUAUCUUGUGAGAGGUAAUUUGUUUUUACACUCUCUAUGUCUGAAAGUCUGAUGUUUGUACUAGUGCUUGAGUAUGUCUGUUUAGGUUGCAUCAGCUAGAAGUGUGUAUUUACGUGAAGUUGACACAUUUUUGCAGUGUAAAGUGCCUGUCAAUCUUUAUGACCAUAUAGGGAACAUAAGUUCAAAGUAGCAGGUUUUUUUUAGUGUAUACAUGUAUACAAGAGCAAUAACAAGGGUAGUGAUCAAGGCUGUAACCAGGAAUCACUGACUUUUAUUGUUAUCAUACUGGAACAACAGCUUAAGUUUGGUUCCAUUUAAAUUGCUGAAUGUGACAUACGAGUAUCUCUGGAACCAAUAAUUUUUAGAAGGCACCUGAUUCAUAUUUCAGUUACUUGGACCCAUAUUACAGCAUCAAACUUAGUGCAGAAGUGGCGCCAAUCAAUUGGCAACUUUUGUUUACAGUCUUGGUACUGGGGCACAUGCCUGUGUACCAAGCAUACUUCAAACCGGUCAUUAGAAUUGUCGGGCACUGUAGCAAAUGUAAAGUUAGGAAACUACAUGCAUCACUAGUGCAUACAUACAUUUCUCCUACAAAUAGAUUUUGUAGUGAAAAACAGCCUAUUAAAGUGUAUGCAUGCUAAACUGAUUUUACUUAA